CCAUAUCAUAUUGUUUCGUGCCUUCUAGUGAUCAAGAUCUGCCACCGACGUCUCUCAGUAGAACAUCAGCUGUUUCAGUCAGUUUCGGGGUUCGGCGAAAAAUUCUAAGUGUUAUAUUUUCGCGCUCGCAUUCCAAAAGGAGAAGCAGUACCAUGAAAUUCGUGAUCGUACUUGUAGCUGUUAUUGCUGCCGCCUCCGCCCAGAUCCGUCCACUUCCGGUUCCGAUUCGGCCAGUGCCGUACGGUGGCCCUGAAGCGGGAGCCGUGAUCUUGAGCCAGGUCUUCGAGCCCAACCCAGACGGCUCGUACAUCUACAGCUACGAAACGAGCAACGGAAUCCGGGCAGACCAGCGUGGUUUCCUGAAGAACCCCGGUACACCCGGAGAGGCUCAGGUCAUGCAGGGAUCCUACACGUACACCGGUCCAGAUGGCGUGGUUUACACCAUUACCUAUAUCGCCGAUGAGAACGGUUACCGCGCCGAAGGAGCCCACAUUCCGUCCGCUCCGGUCGCCACGCGAUACAACCCACGCUUCCCCAAUGCUCCAUUCCAGUAAGACAGCAGCGGUAACCCGAUCGCCAGUAAUUUAGUUAUGAUAUUUAUUCGAAAAGUGCGACUAAGCAAGCAAAUGUUCAAUUUGCUCUCAAUUCCUGCUUAUGUACAACUUAUCCAUUCAACAGAAAUCAACGAAUGCAUCCGCCAUCCAUACUCAUCAUCUAACAACGGCCUGUGUAUAGUAUAGUACUGUGAUUAUCUAAAACGUAAUAAUUCAUUCAUCCCUUCCACGUUUAUUCUCGACUCUCGGCACAGGGAAACUGCGCAAUCGCAGAUCGAACAAAUACUCCUCAUUCGAGCGAGACUCUGCGCACAUCGUGGGUGUCAAAACCACCCAUUUUCCCAUCGAAUACAUUUUGUCAUGAUCCCACCCCAGAAAUGCAAAAUAUAUUCUGCCAUUUUCGCGAACACAUCCACGAACCCCUAUCCAAUUCCGCCAGUUGUGAUUCAUCUUCUGCCAUGCCCCCUACGAAACAAGUUGGCCUACUCACCAUUUUAGUUGUACAGUAACUAUGAGCAACACUCUGUAAUGAUAAAUGUAAUUGUACUCGUUUAAAAUAAUUGUACAUCGAAUGAUUUUUUUGUGUCUGUAAUUUUGUAAUCUAUAGCUGAAAUGUGAAAUAAACGCCUGCAAUCGCCCAACACGAAAGGGCGCCUUUCAUAAAACAAA